CUCCCCUCGGCGCCUGAGUCCGCGGCCUCCGAGCUGGCGCUAUGACUGCGCGCGGGACUGCGAGCCGCUUCCUGACCAGUGUCCUUCACAACGGCCUGGGUCGCUACGUGCAGCAGCUGCAGCGUCUCAGCUUCAGCCUCAGCCGCGACUCGCCUUCCUCCCGCGGUGCCAGGGAGUUCGUGGAACGGGAGGUGGUCGACUUCGCCAGGCGGAAUCCCGGGGUCGUAAUUUACGUGAACCCUCGGCCGUGCUGCGUGCCUACAGUAGUGGCGGAAUACCUUAACGGGGCUGUGCGAGAGGAGAGCGUCCCCUGCAAGUCGGCCGAGGACAUUGCGACGCUGGUGCAGAAGCUGGCCGACCAGUCAGGCCUCGAGGUGGUCCGCAUCCGCAAGCCCUUCCACACGGACAGCCCGAGCAUCCAGGGCCAGUGGCACCCCUUCACCAACAAACCGACGACGCCCGGUGGGCUCCGCCCCAGAGAGGCCCAGGGUGCUGCCCCAGCCCAGUGACAAGUGGCCCCACUCACUCCAACCCCAGGCUUUGGACUCUUGCCCCCCAGAGAGGUGGUUCUUUUUUGGUUCAGGGGAUUCCAUGGCCAGGCAGACAAAUGGAGCUCACCC